AACUACUACUUCAAAGCUGCAGAUCCUACCCCGGAGUGCCGCCUAUGAACCCGAGCGGCUGCUCAAGCACGGUCUACUCAUUUGCAAGGGCCUAGCAUACUUUCAUUGCAUUUGAUCUGCGUAUCAUUUAUACGUGUCCCACUUAGAUAGAGGACGAACUGUGAAAGGGGCGAUCGCUGCGCUGUCGCCGAAGUAGUACGUUAAGGCUGAGCCUAAACACGUAAUCAGCCAUUUAACAGUACAAAAAUGGAUUAUCAAUCAGAGCAGGACAUGGAGCUGGAGGCGCUGGAGGCCAUCCUAAUGGACGACUUGAUAGAGUAUGAGGGCAACCUGCCCUCGGGCUGGGUCGCCGCGGGCAAGUCCUACAAGGUCAUUAUUGCACCAGAGGACGAGGAGGGUGGCGAUAGCGGCGAUUACCCGCUCAAAGCGGAGCUGCUGUUUGCGCACACGCCGAAGUACCCAGAGGAGCCGCCCAGCUACAAGCUGCGCUCCGUGACCGGCCUCAGUGAUGCCGACCUUGCGGAAGCGACGGCGGUGCUGGAGGAGCAGGUGAACGCCAAUCUGGGCAUGGCCAUGAUCUACACCCUCAUCGGGGCCGCCAAGGAGUGGCUGCAGGGCCGUGUGAGCAGCGGGCCGGCGGUGGACCCCGACCUGGAGCGGAGAAAGGCUGACGAGGCGGCUGAGAAGAAGCGCGCGGAGGCACGUGCGCACGGCCACCCCGUCACCGUGGAGGCGUUCAUGGCGUGGAAGCUCAAGUUCGACGCGGAGGUGGCGGCCGCCAAGGCCAAGGCGCUGGAGGGGCUGAAGGAGGACGACCGCGCCAAGCGGCUGAGCGGCAAGGCCUGGUUCAUCAAGCAGGCGGCGGCGGGGCUGGAGCUGGAGGCGGUGGAGGCGGGCGCGCUGAGCGAGGACGACGAGGAGGACUUCGACGAGGAGGAGGACGGCGAGGCGGAGGAGGGCGAGGAGGACGGCGAGCAGGGCGAGGGCGAGGAGGACGACAUCGACUACGAGGACGAUGACGACGAGGGCAUGCUGGACGAGUUGUAGAGGCGGGGGCCGAGUAGGGGGGAAGGGGCAGGAGAGCUGCAGGUGCGGUGGAUUGGGUGGACGAGGCUAGGUUUCAUACGGAGGCAAGGGCGCGUGGGGCCGAGGGUGGUGCGUGGAGCGGUAGCGGGCGUUUAGUGGCUGGCAGCUGAUAGGUGCGGACUGAGGCGGCGUGGGCGUUCUUCCAUGGACAUCGGCCCGCAGGUUGGUCAAAAGCCUAAAGCGACAGAGCACUAUUUGAAGGAUGGCUCGGACGGUGACGUGCUGUGGUGCGAUGGGGCCGGGUAAGGGGCAGGUUGGCGUGGUCCCCUAGUGUGCAGAGUAUUCCCAGACCCCAGCAAUCACUUUGCAACGUCAAGGCAUGUUUGCGCGGUGACGUGCUGUGGUGCGGCUGUGGUAUGCCUGUGGAGCUGGAGCAGCGCCCGAGCUGUGUACUGCUGUGGCUGGGAGCGUGCAGCCGCGUGAGUGGCCCGCAUUGGACGUGAUUGGUGCUGGCUCGGCGGCGCGCAGGAGUCGACUGCGGGGCACAUGGCUGCCGACACGCGCCGCAGUGACACCGGCAGCGCGGCCCAAUGCUGGUGCCAAAUGCAAAAGCGGACAU